AUGGCAAUCUUUCUAUAUGAUAUUUUUGUCGUAUUUGGAGCACCUCUGAUUUUACAAUCAGACAAUGGUAAAGAAUUUACAGCUGAACUUAUUUCUGAAUUAAUGACCCUUUGGCCUGGUGUACGCAUCAUAAAUGGACGUCCCAGACAUUCGCAAUCACAAGGAUUGGUUGAAAGGGCUAAUGGAAUUUUACAAGUUAAGCUUGGAAAGUGGAUGGAAGAUAAUUCUACAAAUAAUUGGACCGAAGGAUUACCUUUAAUCAUACGUAUUUGUCCUACUGGAAAAUCUCCAUAUUCACUCGUAUUUGGGCAAGAUCCAAUUCAACAUUUUUCAAUACUUGAAGAUUUAAAUAACCAAAAUAUAGUAGAUGAGGAAGAGUUACCUGAUAAUUUUUUCGAAGAUACUAAUAAUGUUUCAACUGAAUCCCUAUCUCCAAGUCCAACUGAAAUCUCAUCAUCAAGCCUACCUGAACCUUCAUCUUCAAUUCCAUUUGAACCUUCAUCACCAAUUCUAAUUGAAUCUUUAUCACCAAUUCCAAUCGAACCUUCAUCAAUAAUUCCAAUCAAAUCUUCAUCGUCAAUCCCACUCGAGCCUUCAUCGCUGAUUACAAUUGAUCUUUCAUCGCCAAUUCUAUACGAACUUUCAUCGCCAAAUCUACUUGAGCCUUCAUUACUGAUUCCAAUUAAUUCUUCAUCACUAAUUCCAUUCGAACUUUCAUUGCCAAUUUCAUUUGAAUCUUCACUGAAUUCAUUUGAACUUUCACCAAGUCCAAAAAUUUCAAAAUCAUAUUUAACUGAAUCAUCAUUACCAAAUUUAACGAUGCCAAAAAACAAUAAUUCACACCAACUUUAUCGCGAAUAUGCAAAUAAAUCACUUGAUAGCUACCGGGAUCGAAUGAAAAACCAAAUGUUAAAGAAAAACAAACACAAACCUGAAUAUUCUAUUAACAAAUACGUCUGUAUCGCAGUUCCGAAAAUAGAUCGUAACCAUGUUGAUCGGCACACUUUACCUUGUAAAGUAAUUGAAGAAUUACCCGACAAGAUGUACCGUUUGCAAUGUAAGAAUGGAAUUCUUGAU